CCCACAAAAAUUAGUAUAUACAAAAGACAGACAAGAUCGCAAAAGCAUACCUCAAACAGACAUUUUAAAAAAAAAAAAAAAAAAGAGACAGCUUUGAGUAAACACCUUGGACGUCGCUUCGACCCCCACAGGAGUUUCAAGUGAACAUGGUGACCAACCACCAUUAUACUCGAGUUGAUACAUUAGAGCUCAGAAAUCUAAUAUGUAGGAAGAUUGGACAGCAGAGAGCUGAAAAGUACUUCAAUGAGCUUAGAAGAUUUUUUAGCUCAAAACUUAGCAAGGUUGACUUCGAUAAGUCUUGCAUUCGUACCAUUGGAAGAGAGAAUAUCCACCUACAUAAUCGUCUCCUUCUAUCCAUAUUGAAAAAUGCCUCUUUGGCUAAGGUUCCUCCACCGAAACCUAAAAAGGUUGAAGAAUCUCUCAGCAUCAGAGUCGGGAAUGGUUAUCAGAGGAGUUGUCUGCAGUCUCUCCAUGGUGAUGCAUUUCCCUCAUCACCUCGCAAAACCAGGUCUCCAGUAAGUAGAGACAGAAGGUUCCGGGACCGUCCUAGUCCUCCUGGACCACUUGGGAAGAGUCCUACUAUUACUUGUGAAGAAGCAACGCCUAGGAUACAAGAACAGGAAAGUGCCACAGAAUUGCAUUCUCUUGGUAGCAGACCUCCAGUUGAAGUUGUAUCUGUAGAAGACGGGGAAGAAGUUGAACAAUGUGCUGGAAGUCCAAGCAUACAAAGCAGAAGCCCUGUCACUGCCCCUUUUGGAAUUUCUGUGAAUGCAGGUGGUGCUCGAAAAGCUCUCCAUAGUGGAUCUAUAUAUAACUUUAGUUUGGAGACUUGUCAAUACCGUGGAGAAUUGCCUGGUAGUAGAUCACUAAGAAGCCGUUUGGAGCGGAAGUUAGAGGCGGAGGGGCUUGGCAUAUCAUUGGACUGUGCUAACCUGCUAAAUAAUAGUUUAGAUGCAUUCUUGAAAAGACUGAUUGAACCUUGCAUAGGACUGGCUGGCUCACAACAUAGAAAUGAACUCAGACAUCGUAAUGCCCAAAUACUGCCUGGAUGGUAUGGUCAAUAUCCUGGGAAUCAUACAGAAAGACAAACAAAAUCCUCAUGUGCAAGGAUGUUGGAUUUUCGAGUGGCAAUGGAGAGAAAUCCUCGUAUACUUGGGGGAGAUUGGUCCACACUACUUGAGAAGGUCUGUGCUUGCGCUUCUGAAUAAACAACUCAUCGCCAUCAACUUGUUAUCUGAUGGAUAAGUGGAGAUUUCUGGCUUUUCGCGUCUAAUUUGAUGAUGAGGUCCUUGUCAUGAUUUCCCAUGAAAUGAAGAAUCCGUUGGAAUUGUCAAAGGACUAAGCAUGUGAAUAUUGUAGGAAGUUGUCGGAUAUGUGUGGGGUGAGAUUUGUAUUCUAGGAGGAUUGGUCCCUUGAGGGACAUGUUUACAUAAAUUACUCAUAGAUAUUGUUUAACAAGCUCUUGGUCUUAAGUCAUUUUUCAUUUUACAGGUAGGGUUUUCUAUGAAAUGUUUUCAUGAAAUAAAGCAUAUAGUUCCAACAGCUUUGUACUAUUGUAAGACUGAGAAGUUAUCUAGUGACCCAAAUUCUGACCUUUAAUGAGUGCUUUCAGCUCCAAAGCUUUUUCCCGUUUUCUGUCUCUUCAUGAAUCGACAUUUGCGACAUAAAGGCAGCAAUUGUUUUUCCUAUCUCAAGUCAAGAGGACAUUGUAUUUCUUGUUCCUAUGUUGACGUGUUAAGUGCAUUCCUCCUGUACAAACGAAAAAAUAUAGAGAGACAUGCACUCUUUCCCUUAAAGUUGUUGAGGUUGAUCUGACGUUUUGUCCAAUGUGAUGCCUGAUCAGUGGCUUCAAGUGACAUAUGCUUCCGUUAUUGGCUGCUUUCUAACAUCAUGUUUCAAGUAUUGAUUUUCUUUGGGCAGUCUACUGUCACUAGCAUAUCAAAUUGUUACUCUUUCUUAGUUGUUUGCUUGUUAGUGCAUUUCUGUAUGUUGGUGGGGCUUUUUUCCUUUUUCAUCCUUCCUUUCUAGUCCAUCUAAAUGACAAAGCCCUUUAAAUGUUUGAGGUUGAGGUAUGCACUUCUUGCCCUUAAAGUCUUGAGUUUGAAUUGAGUUUGGCCAAUGAGAUGCCUGAUUGGUGGCUUCAAGCCUUCAUGUGAUAUGAUUCCAUUAUUGGCUUCAAAAGGUAACAUCGCAGUUCAAUGAUUGGCUGCUUCUAGCAGUCUUCUGUAAGUUUAUCUUCAUUCUUCAAGCUAUGAUGUAGUUUCUUAUUUAUUUAUUUUCAAUCCCACCAUGUUGUCAGCACGUUGAAAGUUUCCUGUUGGCUACCAUCAGAUUGUAGAGAAGUGCUACUAUACAUAGCUUUCAACGUUUACUCUUAACACUUCUCUACAUCAACUUGCUCUAAACGUUUACUGUGGUAUGUAUGCACAAAUUCUGACAGACUUGUUGCAGCUUCAGAAUUCUGCACAUCCACGCACAAGGGAAACUCUGUGUUGCCUUGCAAUGAAGGCAAUCUAAGAAAUUCUAUGUGUACACGAACAAAUUUGAACCCAAAGGAAUAGAAACAUGCUCCAUAAGUACUGUAGAUGUAAAAACAGCAUAGGAGGAUAGCUAUACGAGGAGCAGUAAGAGUGGAAGCUCAGCUGUAAAUGUAGUGACAUGGCUUGGGACUAACGAAGUUGUUGUAAUUUGUUGCAUCAUGGCUACCCUCAAGGUUGUCUGUUUCAUGGUCAGUUGCCUGGUUUAGUUGAUCUGCAGAGAAGAGGUUUUGCAUUGUGCAGCAGAUGUUAACCUUUGCUCCUGUAACUCGUGGGGGAUAUCAAUGAUCACUUUCUGCACUGCUCAAUAGAUACUCAGGCAUUGCAAUGGAUCCUGUCACUUUGAUGUUAAAUCAACUAUACCAGGAGAACUAAGGAAAGCUCUCAUUAGCUGGUUCGGGAGGAAAAUGGAUAAAAGCUCAAGAUAUUCUGAUGCACCAUGCCUGCUCGCAUCCUAUGGGUAAUAUGGAAGGAAAGAAACACUCCUCGUUUUGAGAACACAGUAGCAGCUAUACACACACUUGUAUAUAAAUGCUUGUACUUCAAUUGCCCUUUUGAGUUCCUUCACACUCUACGGGACUAUUGGGAUUCUCUCUCAUUUUUUGAUAAACUUAAACAUUGUACAUAUUGGUACAGUGGUACCCCCUUAGUACAUUGACCAACUCCUCUGAUAUGUUA